AUGGCGCCCACCAAGAUGAAGCUGCGUGUGCGCCGGCGGGAGAGCGGAGCGACGCCCGGGGAGCGGGAGGUGGAGGAGGCGUCGCCCGACUCCAAGUGUCCCAUCUGCCUGGACCGCUUCAACAACCUGGCCUACCUGGACCGCUGCCUGCACCGCUUCUGCUUCCCCUGCAUCCAGGAGUGGUCCCACAACAAGGCCGAGUGCCCCCUCUGCAAGCAGGCCUUCACCUCCAUCCUGCACUCGGUGCGCUCCCACGACGACUUCAAGGAGUACACCCUGAGGCCCCCGCCGCCCACCAACGCCAGCCUGGCCGCCACCGUCGCCAUGGUGACCGCCUUCGCCACGGCGGCGGCGGCGGCUGCGGCGGCGGCGGGCGGCGGCGGCGGCGAGGAGGAGGAGCCGCCGCCGCAGAGGACCAGGCGGAGGAGGCGGGGCGACCCGGAGUCGGGCGGGGCCAGGAGGAGGGAGAGGGGAGCCGGGGGGCGGGGCGGAGGGAGCCGGACCAGGGAGAGGCGGGCCGAGGCGCCGGCGGGCCUCCCCCUCCCGCCGGCGCCGCUCCCCUCGCCCUACUCCCCAGACUCCCCGCCGCCGCCGGGGGGGGAGGAGCCGGGGGACCGGGGGGUUCUGUUCGAGGGGCUGGCCGGGCUGGGCGGGGCGGUGGGGGGGGCGGUGGGGCCCGGCGCCCCCGGCGACCGCUCGGCCCGCCAACUGAUGAGCCGGCUGGCGGCGCGGCGGCGCGUGCAGCUGGAGGGCGGGGCCCCGCGCCGCCUGCGGGAGCGGGAGAUGCUGGCGUUCCGCCGGGCGCUCUACCGCAGCGGCGUGCGCGCCCUCCUGGGUAACCCGGGGGCAACAGCAGCAGCAGCCGCCCCGCAGGACGUGUCGUCGGAGGGCUUCGUGCGGAGCCCCGGGCAGCUGGCCCGCCUGAGGCCCUGGCUGCGGCGGGAGCUGACGGUGCUGUACGGCGCCCACGGCUCCCUGGUGGACAUCGUGCAGCGCAUCAUCACGUCGCGCGUCACGCGCCACGGCCUGGAGCGCACGCACGGCCUGGAGGACGAGCUGCGGCCCUUCCUGCUGGCGCGCACCCAGCACUUCCUGCACGAGCUGGCCGCCUUCGCCCGCUCGGCGCUCAGCAUGGAGCGCUACGACGCCCAGGCCGUGUACGAGCCCCUCGGGCCCGACGCCCGCGCCUCGCCGGCCCGCCGCCUCAGCAGCUCCGCCCACAGCUCCGUCAUUGCCAUCUCGGAGGGGGAGGAGGCGGCGGCGGACGGGACGGCCGGCCUCCUCAGCCUCGCCACGUGGGACGAGGACACCCCCGGGCCCUCCUACUCCACGGCCGAGCCCGCGGCCCCGCCCUCGCCGGCGGCGGGCGGCGGCGGCGUGGAGGAGGAGUGUCUGAUCGUGGGCUACGUGAAGCCCAUGGCGGAGCGCACGCCGGAGCUGGUGCAGCUCUCCUCGGACACGGAGGAGGAGCCGCGGGACAAGCCCCCCAAGGAGGAGGCGCUCCCCUCCCUCCUCCUCCUCCCGGCCUCCACGCCCCCCUCCUCCUCCAGCACGGAGAGACCCGCGCACCCGGCCCCCACCUCCCCGCCGGGCUCCCCCCCGCCCGCGUGGUCCUGCAGCUCCGGCUCGCCCCGCCCGCCGGAGAGAGGCGGCCGGCCGCCCCCGCACUCCCCCGGCGGCUGGGAGGGCGGGAGGAGGCGGAGGAAGAAGAGGAGGAGGAGGAAGACGGCGAGCGGGGAGAGGGAGCGCCCCUCGCUCUACACCGCCGUCUACUCCGGCCUGGACUGCCCCCGCUCGCGCUCCUCCAGCAGCUCCCUCCCCCGCUCGGCCUCCAGCCCCGACGCCGUGGGCUGGGGGUGCCCCCACGCCCGGCGGCCCACGCCCCCCUCCUCCUCCUCCCCCCCCUGCCCCCCCCCCCCAGCGCCACAGCGACAAGCCCGGGGGCAAGAGGAAGUACAAGAGCCGGCACCUGGACGAGGACGGGGACCCCACCUGGAGGCCCGGCUCUGGUCGCCGUGGAGACGAGGAGAGAGGAGGAGGAGGAGAAGAGAAGAGGGUGGAGAAGAGGGGGAGAGAGAGGGGGAGGCGGAGGGAGCGGGAGAGAAGGAGGGACGCACACAAGCACAACAGUGUCUGUGAGGACCAGAGCAGCAGCAGCAGCAGUAGGGGGGACGGGGACGGUGGCCACCGCAGCCCCAGCGUGGAGAUCAUCUACGAGGGGAAGCUGGGCCCCUGCGCCCCCUCUGGGAACCAGCGGCGGAAGAAGAGACGCCCCCACAGGAAGCAU